AUGCUACCAAACAAGGAGAAAACUGAGGUGCGUGAUGCGCUUAAGGUGUUUGGUUUGGGUUCCUUUCUGAUUCUAAUUGAAGAAAGAGAGCCAGAGGAAUGGGAUGAAAGUUAUAGAGACAGCAUAGUAUUAAGAGGAAAAGUGCCAUAUAAAACCGGAAUGGACGUGCAAAACGCGUAUUACAGGAGGAGGGGACUGAUGAAUGAAUGA